UGUGCGCCUGCGCAGUGUCGGGCGCUGGGCGGGGCGCUGGGUUGGUGUUGGGGCUGGCUGCGGGAGCGCAAGACUGCAGCCGGUACUCUGUCUCUUGCCUGCGGCGGAGGCGCAGGAGCGUGCGCCUUUGGCGCGUCUGUCUUUUCUUCCCGCGGAGAGCUUGAGAUGUGGUAAUGCCAGCCAGACUUCUCAGGUCCUUGGCCAGAUCUCACUAUAUUUUAUCAGAAGCGUGUCAGUGCCAAAGACUUGUUCAUCGAACAUUAAAACCACUUAAGGAAUUUGAGACCACAACAUGCAACACCCUGACAAGAAGUCAGAACGUGAAUUUCUUCUUUCCUGAUACAGCAGCUGUUGGUUUGAAUAAGUCCCAGGUCCUGGAAAUGAACCGGAAAAUAUCAAAUACAAAUGUACUCUCUCCAUUAAACACCGCAUGUUACCAAGAUGAAAAAGAGCACCUUCCAACCAGGAACUCCCUUGGUACUCAUAGGAAAGUGAUUCACAAACCAAAUCUGUUAGGUUUUAAGUGGUUUAUAAAAAUACUGAAGAGACAUUCCUCAUCUGUGUCAACGGAAACACUUGUUUCUAAACAAGACUUUCCGCAAAUCAAGAGACCACUGAAAGCAUCAAGGACCAGGCAGCCAUCCAGGACCAACCUUCCAGUUCUGCCUGUGAACAAGGACCUGAUGCGCUGUACUGCGUUUGCAACCGCAGAUGAAUACCAUCUUGGAAGUCUCUCUCAAGAUCUGACCUCCCAUGGAUAUGUUGAAGUAACAAGCUUGCCUAGAGAUGCAGCAAAUAUUUUGGUGAUAGGUAUGGAAAAUUCUGCAAAAGAAGGUGAUCCUGGAACAAUAUUCUUCUUCAGGGAAGGAGCUGCUGUCUUCUGGAAUGUGAAAGACAAAACUAUGAAGCAUGUGAUGCAAGUUCUUGAAAAACAUGAAAUUCACCCCUAUGAAAUUGCAUUGGUGCACUGGGAGAAUGAAGAGCUUAACUACUCAAAAACAGAGGGACAGUCAAAACUUCACAGAGGGGAAAUCAGGUUAAAUUCAGAGCUAGAUUUAGAUGACGCCAUUCUAGAGAAAUUUGCUUUCUCAAAUGCUCUUUGCCUUUCAGUGAAACUGGCUAUCUGGGAAGCAGCACUGGAUAAAUUUGUUGAAUCUAUUCAGUCGAUUCCAGAGGCUUUAAAAGCUGGGAAGAAAGUGAAACUAUCUCAUGAAGAAGUUAUGCAGAAAAUGGGUGAACUCUUUGCCUUAAGACACCAUAUAAACUUGAGUUCAGACUUCUUGAUCACUCCUGAUUUCUACUGGGACAGAGAAAAUCUGGAAGAACUUUAUGAUAAAACUUGUCGGUUCCUCAGCAUUACUCGUAGAGUUAAGGGGCUUCCCUGGUGGCACAGUGGUUAAGAAUCUGCCUGCCAAUGCAGAGGACAUGGGUUCGAGCCCUGGUCCAGGAAGAUCCCACACGCCGCGGAGCAGCUAAGCCUGUGCGCCACAACUACUGAGCCUGCUCUCUAGGCCCACGUGCCACAACUACUGAAGCCCGCAUGCCUAGAGCCCGUGCUGCACAAAAAGAGAAGCCACCGCAAUGAGAAGCCCGCGCACCACAACGAAGAGUAGCCCCCGCUCGCCGCAACUAGAGAAAGCCCGUGUGCAGCAACGAAGACCCAAUGCAGCCAAAAAUAAAAUAAAUAAUAAAAUAAAUAUUUUUUUUAAAAAAAGAUCUAUGCAUUAAAAAAAAGGAAGAAUUCUUUCUACUCAAAAAGACAACCCAGUUUUUUAAAUGGGCAAAAGAUUUAAACUGACGUCUCACAAAAUAUGUGAACGGCCAAAUGAACAUGAGAAGAUGUUCAACGUUAUUGUUGACCAGGGAAGUGCAGAUUAAACCUGCAAUGCGCUGUUACGACACACUCACUAGAAUGACUAAAAUUAAAAGGACUGACAAUACCAAGUGUUGGGAAGGAUAUAGAGCAGAUGGAAGUGUCACACAUUACUUGUGGGAAUAUACAUCGUUAUAGCCACUUUGCAAAAACAGCCCGGCAGUUCCUCAGAAAUUUAAUUGUUGUGUUACUAUACGAUCCAACAAUUCCACUCCUGAGUAUUUACUCAUGAGAAAUGAAAACAUAUGUCCUCACACUGAUUUGUACCUGAAUGUUCUUAGCACCUUUAGUCAUGAUAGCCAAAAACUGGAAACAAUCAAAUGCCCAUCUGUAGGUGAAUGGAUAAAGAAAUUGUGGGAUAGCCAUACAGUGGAGUACCACUCAGCAGUAAAAGCAAUGAACUACCAUCCAUGCAACAACAUGAAUGAAUAUCAGGAUCGUUAUGCUGAGUGAAAACCAUCGAGACACAAAAGAAUCCAUGCUGUUAUAUUUAUAGGAAAUUCUAGAAAGGCUAAUCUAAUCUAUAGUUACAGAAAAUAGAUCAGUGGUUCCCUAGGGCUUCGAGGUGGAGUGGUGGGUAGGGCAGUAGAUUCCAAAGGGGCACAAGGGAUCGUGGGGUGAUGGAAACGCUGUGGUGUUACUUACAUAGUGUCUAUCUGUGAAAAGUCUUCAAAUUGUAAACUUAGAAUGGAAACAAGUGCAGAUUAUUGUAUGUAAAUUAUGCCUCAAGGAAAACUUGAAAAUAAACCUUUUGUGAGAAUUCUCUAAUGACAUUAAACAAAAGCAUCAACCUUGAUGAGCAGCCGUAUUUACUAGGGACGAAUUUGGAAGUGCUCAAGAGUUAUGGCUUUUGGAUGUCUCCCCUUUUUCUCUUGGAAUGAAGACGUUCGGUGGAACCACGAUCGUUGGGGUGAAGUAUAAAGAUUAUUGCCACCAGGGAGAUGCAUCAGACCUCUUCUGAUGACCAGCCUGUCGUGCUGAGUUAAGUCAGUAAUGGUGGCUGAGCAACCAAGGUAAACCGGCUGCCCGGGAAGUGUGCGCUCAAGCAUCCUCCCCCCCCCUCUGUCCCCACCCCCAUCCUGUGUCCUUCCUCAAAUCACGGCACCUUUGAUGCCCACGGUGUCCUUCACAUGUCCCUCGUGGACAAGAGUACAGGAAAAGAGAACAGAAUCGCUGAAGUCACCAACGAUGAAGGUGGUUUGAGCAGGAAACAUCCUGAGUGUGUGGUCCAGAGGAGAAGUGUAAAGAUAGGAACUUACUCAACAUGAACACUGCAUUCAGCGUGAAAGCCACAGCUGAACAUGAGGAAUGUUAAAACAGGAUCGAUCGUGAACAUUGACACGCAGUGAAGUAAUCAACUAGCUGGACCAGCAUCACAGUGCCAAGUAGGAAGGGGAAACCUGGAGAAAGUGCCUCUGCGUCUUCACUUUGCUCAAGCAGAGGGAGGGGAUGUGCCAGGAGGGCACUUGGGGUUCGCUGGGGACAGUGCUCCUCUGAGUGGAGAGGCUCCCUCAGUGCCCAGUGUGGGGAAAUUGAUCGCAGCCCAGGGAGCAGGUGGAGCAGGUCCCCUCAGUCCCCAAACUGGAAGAGCCCCGGAACAGGUCAGUUCCAUGGUAUUUUUCAAAAAACUCUUAUGUGAGUUCUGUGUAACUAUAAUGCUGCUGACUUCCGAAUCCUUAACUGAGUACCUGGAAUAAUGCGUACAUUGCACUUAAUCCGUGCUGUAAAACAAGUGGAAAAUAACUCAGGUAGUGUCCUGAAGAAUAGACAUAAAGGUCUGUUUCAACUGGGCACCACUUGCCCGUGUGCUUCUGGAGUACGUGGCGCGCACUCCUGGGGGCGGCAGUUCACGCACCGCGUCGCGCUGAUCUGAUGGCACCACGGAUUCAGUGCCUUGUGAGAAGCCUCUUCUCACCUUCUCGGGGUAGCCUCCUCACAAGGCAGGGAGAGAGCACCCAGUCCGGUGUCUCUGCCUCUCCUUGUAAGGAUGUUAAUUUAGACCUCAUCUAAACCUAAUCACCCCCAAAGGCCUCAUCUCCAGAUACCAUCAUCACAUUGGGGGUUAGGACUAUCAACAUGAAUUUUGGGGGAACACGAACAUUCCGUCCAUAUUACCAAGCAGUCCCUGGAAAUCCACUGUAAAUUUUCUUUACGAGCUAAAAUUUGUUUCUUUUAAAUUGUUUUUUAUAAAUUACAUAUUUCUUCCACAUCCUUAUUGGCAUCUGUGUAGGAACUGGGGCAAGGUGGCUAAAAGGAGAAGUAGCAGGUAUUCAGAGGGGAAAAGGGGAUUUAUGUGAAAUUGGAGCUGCACUCGUGAGAUUCCCCCUCUCCUUCCUUAAAACACAGCAGCGAAAGAGCUAGAAGCUGCUUUCCCUGUAAAUAUGUGAUGAGUACACUCCCCUCUAGAACGCAGCUUCGUGAAAUCAGAGAACAGGAUCGUCGUCUUCCUGGCUCCCUUCCCGCUUCUUGGCAAAGGCCUCACGUAGAAUAUGUGCGCCAUAAAUAUUUGUAGGAUUAAUCAGUGGUUGAGUUCAAAGUGAAACUCACUGUAUUCUCCCAGAAAAUGCAGUUGAACCUUCUCUAUUUCUGUCUCAGCUAAUAGCACGACCACCUGGUCAGUCAAGCAGGAACUUGAAACUCACCAUGGUUUCCUCUUUCUCCUUCAUCUUCCACAUGCAGUCAGAGCAUCCUUUCGUUUUCUCCCAAGUGUCAUGCAUUCAUUGCCAGAUAUUUAUUGAAAGUCUCUACGACAGGCCCUGGGCUGCUGAGACAGGGAGGGAUGCCAAACUGACCCGCCUCCUGCGCCCAGACAGCUGAUGUGCAUCUCCCACCCCCGUUCACCCUAAUACCUUCUUCUUUGUCUCCCAGCCUCUAGGCUGGGCCCUGUAGCCAGAAGACAGAGACACAUCUGUCUUACUCACCAUUUCAUCUCCUCUGCCCAGCACAGUAUAGUAAACACUGAACAAAUAUUUUAAGAGUGGACAAAGGACUCCCUUACCUGCAGGAGAAAGUUGCAACAUGAUCGUGCUAUGUAUUCAUUUCUACUGCGGCUGCAGCAGAUUACCACAGGCUGACUUAACACAGAUGUAUUAUUUUACAGUUCUGUAGGUCCGAAGUCUGACCUGGGAGUCACUGAGCCAAAGUCAAGGCGUUGGCAGGGCCGCGUCCCGCUCCGGAGGCUCUGGGUGGGAGCCACUUCCUGGGCUGUUCCAGCUCCGAGGGGCCACCCACUGCCCUUGGCUCAGAGCCCCUCUUCCGUCUCGCAUCGCUGAGCUCUUCUGCCUGCCAUUCCCACUUUUAAGGACCCUUGUGAUUGCCCUGGGCCCACCCAGAUAAUCUAGGAUUGUCUCCUUAUCUAAAGAUCGUCUGACUUAACAAGCUUAAUUCCUGCACAGUCUUAAGUAGCCCUUGCUGUGUAAUACUCGUGGGUCCCGAGGAUUAGAAUGUGAAUAUCUGGGGGACCAUUUAUCUGCCUACCCCCUAUGGUCUAUAGUACCGCUCACAAUUCAGUACUUAACCUUUUUUUAACCUUACCUCCAAGCACUUUCAGGUUUUUCGCUAUCUAGCUGUACUUGCCUCCAUGCUGUUUCCUCUACUAGAAAUACUGUCCCCCUGGCGCCCCACCUUUUCUUCCUGGCACCUGCCUAUUUAGAGCCUACUUCACAUUUACCACCUCUGUGACCCUGUCCCCGUUGUCUUCUGCUCCAUCAUCUGUGCGCAUGAAACACGUCUGAUUCUGUAACCGAAGGACAUAGGAAGCAUGUGUUAGUUGGGGCUCCCUUGCUUGCACACGACAGAAGGACAAUUGGAAUGACCUUACUUAUCUCCGUGUACUGGCUCACGGGGCUGAGAAACAGGGAGCAGGUGUGAAACAGGGAAUGUCUGUUGCACAGACCCAGGCGGGUCACCAGGACUGCUUCUUGCCUCAGCAUCCUCUGUACCAAUUUGGCCUCAUCCUUUCCUUCUUGGUGGCAUUCUCUCGGCGAUGGGGGGAAGGGAUGUGGGAAGGGGGAAUAUCCCAGCGACAUUUUACUCUGCCUGGCAGCGUCAAAGGACUGGGCCACGUGUCCGUGCUUUGACCAGCCAUGUGAUGAGGCAACUGGGCCUCACAGUUGGCCAAGCCUGGGUCUUGUACUGGCCCCGUCUCCCCCUUGGGCUUUUCGGGGGAGGGGAGAGGGGUUGGUGUCAGGUGGGUAGUGAUACUAAGAUUGGCAGCAUCACGUGGUUGGAAACAGGGGAGAGUAACUCUCCAAAGCAAGGGGGCAGGAGCGGAGGGUGCUGGGCAGGUAGCAGGUGGCUAUGAGGCAGAAUGAGGUAAGUUCUAAACGAGGGCAACAGCGAGGUGCUGUGGGAGUGCUGAGCGAGCAGGAGGUCAGGAAGGGUCACAGAGACCUCGCCUUCAGGCGUGAAGAGGGCGCCACCCACUGAAGAGUGCUUGGACUAAACCAUCUGGGGUCAUUUCAUGUCAUCGAGAAGGCAACAGCAAGACGUUCGAAGCUGCUGAGCAGGGGAGUGAAACGAUCCAUCCUGUUUAGGAUGAGAACUCUGGUGGCCCGUGCAAACGAAACCCGGAAACCCCCCAGCCCAUCACCACCACCAAAACGACCAAACAGACCAGUCUGAAGAGGUGACAGAUAGUUUAUGAAAGCCUACUAGGUGUAUUAGGAAAUGCUAAGGAGAGGACAGACUCGACUCCAUACAGCAGCUGAAGUGCCAGGGAUCCAGGAGUGCAGGAUAGAGAUCAAAGGUUUCUACGCUGGGUGCCCGAGAAGAUCGCGUGACCUGCUUUGAGCUAGGGACCCAAGAAGAGGGAGAGACUUGAACAGGAUGUCAACUGUAGUUUGAGAAAUGCUAAAUUUAAGGUGCCGGCAGGAAAAUAGUAAAAAGAUGUUUUAUAGGCAGUUAGAAAUUCGGGCAGAGGAGAAAUCGGGAUUAAGCAGUUAAUACUUGGGACUUAUCAAAAAAGUUUAAACCAGUCUUUCUCAAAAUGUGGAAUACAUACACUUGUACAAGAGAUGAACUUAAGUAACACAUGGACCCUGAAAUAACAUGUAAGCGUUGAAGCAAGUAACACUUCUGUUCAGAGUUGAGGAGAAAUGCUUAGCUUGGCUUUAGUGGCUCUUGACCGGCCCUCUAACGUAUAAUCUACCAAAUUCCCAGGCACCAGGCUCAGCUUUGUGUAUCCAACACCAUUUCACAUCAUACUGGUUUUCCAUUUUGGCAAUGUAGUUUCCUUUUAAAAUAAACAUUUCUAAGGU